GUGGAACUUGAGGCCCAGCAGCAGCGCAUCGUCGCAUCUCGUCUGACGAACCGCAGCAACAAAAUCCCGAUUCACGCGACCCCAACGUUCAACGCAGCGCGCAUCAACGGAACCCCCCGGCUGCCCUGUUGCAGCGGCCUCUCAUUUCUCCCCCAUCUUAUUUUUUCCCCUCUCCUCUUUCCUCCAUAAUGGCGGCUUCGCAGGUGUCCGUGCCAUCGGCCGCUGGCGGCGACGGCGACGGACCGCCAUCUGCGGCACCCACAAACGCCGCCGCAUCUUCGUCCAUUCCUUCUGCAACAGCGCCGGCGAUUUCCGGUGCUGCACGAUCCCAGCCUGCCGUCACUCAGGCUGAUUCGACCACCACGCCGCCGGUUCGCGACAAGGAGGCGCUCAACAAGGUCGUCGUCGAGCGCUAUCAGGUACACGAUUGGAUACACUCGGCCGCCCUGAAGGAGGCCCAAAUCAGACUCGAAAAGGAUACAAAAGAUUUGCUCGCUCGCGCGAGUGACUACCGGCAAUACAGGGACUUCUACGCCGCCUAUCCAUCUCGGCUCUACGGGGAGGGCUAUCGCGGCUACGGCAACGGCUACACCGAGAACGGCACGACAACGCAGAUCAUCUACCCGUCGCAGAAACCCCGCCCCGGAAAGAGGACCACGCCCCCGCUCAAAUUCUCCAAGAGGGACAUGAAGAAGCAGGCAGAGCAGCACGAGGAGUUGGUGCCGGUCCGGAUAGACGUCGACUGGGACAAGAUCAAGCUUCGCGACACCUUCACCUUCAACCUUCAUGAGCGCCUCAUAUCCGUCGAGCUCUUCGCUGCGCAAUUGAUCGAGGACAUGGGCUUAAACCCCGCUACCGAUAAACCCGUUUACGACCAGGUCGUGCAGCAGAUGCGCGAGCAGCUCAACGACUUUUACCCCUUCGCCUACUCCGAAGAAGACGCCCUCGACCCUGAGCUCCCGUAUUCGGCCUACAAGAACGACGAGAUGCGCAUUCUCGUAAAGCUCAACAUCACCAUUGGCGCCCAUACGUUGGUCGAUCAGUUCGAGUGGGACAUCAACAACCCCAUGAACUCCCCGGAGGAGUUUGCCGCCAGCAUGGCCCGCGACCUCUCUCUAUCGGGCGAGUUCGCAACGGCGAUUGCCCACUGCAUACGCGAGCAGGCCCAGCUCUUCACCCGUAGCUUAUACAGCGUCGGACAUCCCUUUGACGGCCGCCCGAUCGAGGAUGCAGACCUUGUCGCUGCCUUUCUCCCCACCCCCUUGCCUUCCGUUUUCAGGCCGCAGCAACAGGCAAAAGACUACGCGCCUUACCUGUACGAGAACACAGAAGCCGAGCUGGAGAGGACCGAGACCAUGUUUUUGCGCGAGCAGAGGAGGCAGAAGCGGUCCAUCAACCGGCGCGGUGGUCCUCAGCUGCCGGACCUGAGGGAGAGACAGAGAACGAUACGGACGUCCAUCGUGUCUUCGGUAUUGCCGGGUGCAGCGCCAAACAUUGAGGAGAGCCGGCUCUUCAAGAGGACGCUGGGCAGCGGCGUGACGGGCAGAGGCAAGAGGACGGCCCGCGACGGCGAUCUGUCCGACUCCGAGGACAGCGACGACUCCACGCCCGACUCGCCCGCCAUGUCGCAGCUCCAAGGCACUGCCAGGACCAGGGGGAUGCGGGGUGCCGCCAGCGCAGCUGCUCAACGCAUGGCGAACCUGGGCCGGUCAGAGACCCCCGAAGCCAUCGUUCACCAUCAUGAAACGCGGAACUCCCGUCGAUUUGGUCGCGAAGCCACCCGGGAACAGACCGAAGAACCGCAACAACACAUGGUCACCCUGCGCGUCAACCCUGCGAGGCUACGAAAGCUCAUGCGCGACCUUCGAGCCCGACAAACACCACACUCGUCCGCCACGCCCACCCUAGCCCACCAACGAGCCCCAAGCGCCACCGCACCCGGCUCCAUGGGCCCUCCUUCCACCCCCUCCGCGUCUAACCAACAGCUUCCGCCGAAGCCAAACACCGCGCCAUCUCUCCAAGGUCAAAUAGGCCGUGUCCCCGCCCCUCCACCCGGCCCCAACGGCACAUCCCCCAACCAGCCACCGCCCCCUCCCCCCGAAUGGCUAACUUCCGCCCUCGCCACCCUCCUCAAGUCGUACCCGAACGACUCGUUCGAAGCCAUCAUGCGCUACUGCGCCAUCAACACCGAGACCAACUCGUUCGUCUCCCUGCCCCUCGCCCUGCAGCCGGGCGAGCCGAUCCCCGCCAACAUCCAGUUCGCCUGGCUACCCCGCAUCCGGUGCCGCGACUGCCCCGGCAAGUCGUACACCGCCGGGCCGGACACGACGGUGCAGAACUUCGAGGUGCAUCUGAAGAAUCGCGCGCAUCGGGAGAGGGUGAUGGCGAGGUUGAAGGGGAUGGUGGGAGGGGGAGCAAACGGUGGGGGAGGAGGAGGAGCGUGAGAGCCGGGGUGUGUGGGGGAUGGCUCCGGGAGUUCCGAGAAGGCCGGUCUGGUGGGCCCCUAUGUCCCGGGACAGGCGGACAGGCGGACAGGGGGAUACGCUCGGCCAGGUCUUGGAACGUGUUGGGAUUCUUCCGGUGUAAUGUGCUUUUGCCAGCCGAGUUUUUGGCUUCCCUGACCCAUCUGGGGGGAGGGGAAGAAAGAGGUGAGGCGGAGUUGGGAUAUGGGAUGUAUAAAUUUGGUUGGAUGGGCAUGAGCAAGUAGGCGUUCUUUGCUUUUUUUCAAUUGUUACAUUACAGGUCAGCGUGGAGGAGAUUUCGAACUUGGAACAAUACUUGAUGAUGCAGAGAAAGAGGUGCACGUUCCGCUUCGGAUCCAA